GUUUCCUGGCAACAUCAUCACGUACAGCCAUUCCAACGACGCCGAUUCUGAGAUAUGGCAUCAAGGAACAGGGGGUUGUCCUUACCUGAUGCCCUCAAUAAUCUUGCAAAGUCCUCUAGCAAAAUUCAACGCCGCGGAGGUCUCAAGCCGCACGAAGAAAAGAGAGUGCGGGAAGGUUUUACUGUGCUGCUUACAGCGCUAGAUGAGCACAGGAUGUACCAUGCUUUUCUAUCUAAAAUCAAGGACUUAUGCGAACAUCGCGGAUAUGCCAUGGUGGUCUUGUGUAUUGUUGGUCUUGGGAAACAUGCAAUCAAAAUAUUGAAGGAUCAGGUCCAGUUGGACUUGCCUUUCGAGAUUGUUAAAAGGAAGGAAGACUUGUGGAAUAGCACUUUGGAUUACAUCGGUCGAAAGUAUGUUGAUGACUUGUCCCUUGUUCAUGUAGAAAGAGCCACGGAUACUUUCCAAUCCAAGAAUUUAAAAAUUUCAACGAAUCUAUCAGUUGGCAGUGGUUCCCAUUCUCAGACUUUGGUCAUUGCACCCCAUCCUCCGUCAGGUCCACGCCACGGCUCUAUAUCGUUAGACCUCCGUGUCAGGGACCUCGUUAACUUCUUCCAAGAAAAUCAGGAAUUGGACAAGAUCGUCCAAAUGGAAUGUCCCUUAUCCGGGGACCCUUUGCCUUCUAUUAGCAUUUCCCUCGAUUGAUCUGCAGAGUCGAUGGCUAGGGUCGAAUUUUCUCAGCCCCUGGCCACAGUUUUCAUUCAAUAUGUCAUGCAGCACUAACAGCAUUGAAGAGGUCAUUCCUGUUUAACUUUAAAAAACCGGACUGUCGGGUUACCGAAGAACAUGCAUGUUUGGCCUUCUUUUACUGCAAUAAUAUCCCAGCCGUUUUCACUAGGUCCU